UGUACAUUUGCGUUGCAUUAUGUUUUAUGUAAGAGAGAUACAGGUAAGUAUGGUACAAGAUGCGACAUUUGACUGGUGCUUUUCGAGACACAAGCUUGCUGUUCAUAGCAUCUAAGCUUCCAGCCGCGCGACACUAUUCGUGACAAGAUCAAGGGCGGAGAGACUCGAUGGGGCAGAGAUGAAGCCAUUCACCCGUGGCCGUUGCGCGCGAGCAGAAGGGGGAGCAGGCGUGAGGAUCUGAGUAGAGGCGUUGUAUGUCCAUCCGUUGGUUUGAGCCGCGGAUAGAAGCUGGCCUUGUGGAAGACCGAGGUAGGUUUGGGCGAGGGCUAUGGGAAUGGAAGUGUACGCUCUCGAUAUCAAAGCGAACGUUCGUGUCCUGAACGCCUCAAGGAAUGCGGUGACCAAUCCCGCCACGACACCUAAUGAGACCUCGUCCGCUCCCAAUAAACCAUCUUUCCGCGCUUCGGCCAACACAUUUUCGGCGCGUGGGAAGACUCUGUCAUGUUUGCGUUCCCAGGUCGAGGCGAGAAGGUUGAAGAGGGCUUGCAGAAUAGGACGAUGGGUGAGGUCUCGAGGGAGGCGAAUGAGGGCUUGUUGAGCUGGGGGUAGAUCAUCAAGGAUGAGAUAUCCUAGGACGAGUGGCACCGUUACAAGUAGAUGAGUCGGGUGGCUCUCGUGCACCUCCUCAAGUUCAGCACGUUCGCAAGUUUCAACCAAAGGCCCGAAGUGUCCGCUAGCAGCAAGAGUGGAUAUCCGAGCAAAUGCAAUAUAGUAGGAUGUAUUGUUUCCUUGGACACUCGAAGUGGCCUGGGGAGAUGGAAGAGAUUCGGCAGGCGGUGCGCUGCUGGUGGGUUCAGCAGCUGGCUCAGUAGUGGAUGUAGUGGAAAUCGGUGGCGCUGGAAUGGGAUCUGAAGGCAAUUCGCCUGGAGCAAGAGGGGGUGUCGGUGGACCGUUCAUGGUGGUUGCGGAUAAUGCGUUGAUAUAGGCGCGCAAAGCAGAUCACGGUUCGAGCUGUGGCGCUGGUUGCCCGUUGCGGCGGCGUCCAAGAGUCCUUCAUCCCCAUCAUCUUCAUCUGUGGGCUCGCAUCUAGGACUAUCUAGAAGAUGGAUAACGAAGAGAUCGAGUCUAUCUUGUAUAUUGCCAGGGAGAUAUCAGUUUACAGGAUUCCACCGUUGUCGAAGAACGAAGGGCACCGCGCGAAUGACUGGGGAAAUUUGGCAGAGCCUCUCUGGAAGGGGCGCAUGCGCAUCGUAGAGAAGGGCACAGAUCCAGCCAAUAUCUUGUUUGAGGAUGCUUCUACCGGCGAAUUGUUUGCCAAGGCUGCAUAUGAUCCCACAAAGCCCUCCGUGGAGGCCGUCCUCGAUUCCUCGCGUUACUUCGUUGUCCGCGUAGAAGACAGCGGCAAGAAGGCCUACAUUGGAAUGGGAUUUGCGGAGCGCACGGAUAGCUUUGACUUCAAUGUGGCCCUACAAGAUUACACGAAACGCUACAAGGCCCGUCUCAACCCACCCUCCCCUACUGAAACCGACAAACCAUCACCUCACGUCCCAACCGGCCCCAAGAAAGACUACUCCCUCAAAGAAGGCCAGACAUUCUCCAUCUCCAUCCCCGGGCGUGAGAAGAAGACCGAUUCUCUGUCGACAUCUGGUCUACUCGGUGGCACGACCGAUCUUUUGGGCGGCACAUCGACAGCGGGAGGCGUAGGCGCGAAAGGCGGCUCAAGCGGUGGUGCCUUCCCGCUGUUGCCACCACCUCCUAGCGCACCGAGGAGGCGUUGAUUUUAUUGCCUGACUCGUUGACUACUUUCUGGAAUCUUAUGUGCGGUGCUGUGAUUGGGUGUCAAAGGAUGGAUUGAUGAGUUAUGAGUAGGUAUUGAGAACCUCUAUUCGUCGGACUGACUGUCGAGACCUGCGGAAAUGGGAAUGUAUAACAUGUUUAGGAUUCAUCUGAGCACUGCGUAUCAUUUGCUCUUCUUGCACUUGAUUGAGUAUGGCCUAUACUCGCUGCACUGCCAGCUCGCGUUUUCGCCACAUCUUUCACCACUCGAACCAUCCCUCCUGAUCCCGCUUUCUAAAACGAACAACAGAGAACCUUAGUGUUGAUCCGCCUGAACAGUAGGCCUCUUUCCUGUACCUGUUCAUGAUGAACAGCUGGACCACAUGUUGCACGCUCAAACUCGAUGAGUGACAUCCGCUUUUGUGGUGUUUCUUGCCCCGAGGUCAUCAUAACAUCCUCUGUGGAUGGGCGUAACUCGGCUCCACUGGGAGGAGUUCGGUGUGGCUACCCAUAUUUUCCAACAGGUUUUGUGUCCUUGAAUGUUUGUUGUUUCUUUCUUGUGCUCGGAGGGAGGGCACAACAAGUACGAAGCCCGUAUAUCGGAAGUCUCAAGUCCGGUAUCGGCGAAGGGCUAAUAUGUGCUCUCAGUUCCCCAUGUUCUCAUUUGUCACGAAGUUUGGAGCUUUUUUUUGCAGUCUAGGCAUUCUCCGUCCCUUCAAAGCCUCCGCCGUUGUUACGGGGUGUUUCUCCUCCACCUCGCACGGGAUCCAUCCAAAACCUAGACCCGCCGCUGUUCCGUCGAGGUAGCGACUUCUCUCCGCAUGAGCGAGGAAGCUCAAGAAAUACCAAGGUUACAACCGUCAAGCGUGCUUGUCACUUAGAACGUAUGCUCGGAGGCUAUCUGUACGGCGUGAUUCCGUGCGCGUUUCGGUCUCAUGACUGUGUAUAGACAAUUCUUGACCUCGGAAGCUCACCAUCAUCGCGUUCUGCCCGACGUAAAAAGGCUUCGACCUCCUGCCGAAUACGUCUGCCGAAUUAUAUCCGUUUUCGUGAUGUGGACCAUCAAUCACCGCUAUGGGCUUUCGUUCCUCUUUCAGGCUUCCAAUGCUUCUUGACCUUUGGCAGCCGGAAUAAUCUCUAUGCCUCGUGAUCUUCAUCUCUUGACCGUUGC